UAAAACAAAAAAGCAUGAUUCGAUAAUGUAGUCUCUUUUCAUGGUUAAAGGAGAACACUGCUUAGUAUUGGUGUAUUUUAAUACCAACUGUUAUGUUUAGUAAAUAUGUAUCUUUACAAAGAUUACUUGGAAGAAAAAGGUGCAAGUAGUUGUGAUGAGAAGCUUAAUCGAUUAUGUUUUUUCUUGGUCCAUCCAGGAUGUUCUAAACAAUGAUCUCUAUAAAAGCCAGGUGAAGCAGAUUCCUCAAACCUUCUCUUCAACAGCUGAAUACUUGGAAUCAUUCAUUACUCCACUCAUAGAAGAAACUAGAUCAGAUUUGUGUUCAAACAUAGCAACUUUGUCAGAAUCACUUUGUUGUGAAAUUGAGGAUAUCAAACCAACCAAAGAUUUUAGACUUCCAAAAGACUUGUUUUACACUCUUGAAUUGAACUAUGGUAUGUUAAAGAAGAAAAAUAAUGAUGAUGAUGAUGAUGAUGAUGAUGAUGAUGAUGAUGAUGAUGAUGAUCUUGGAGCAGGAGACCUCAUUGCCAUAACAAAUGUAAGACCAAAAUGCAUCAAUGAUCUGGAUAGGCCAAGAAGACCUUACCUCAUUGCUUCUGUGCAGCGUGGAUGGGCAAGGGUUGAGGAUAAUUGUCUUGUACUUAUAAUUCUGUCAUCAAAACCUAUUUCGAUUGAUGACAACAUGAGGAAAAACAGAAAGAGUGAAGAAGCCCUUUUUGCUGUUAAGCUGAUGAACAUGACUACAAAUAUCCGUAUUUGGAAGGCACUACAUUCUGAUCCGAAAACAGGAAAUAUGAACAUCAUCAGACAAGUUCAGCACACCCCAUUUGCUGAGGCAGAAGAUUGUGCUCUCUGCCAUGCUGCUGAUGAAAAAUGCAGUGCUGCAUAUUCAGCUAUGAAGGUCAGAGUGAGCAAUUCAGAUUUAAAUGAUGCCCAGCAAGCUGCAGUUUGGAGGUGUAUUGAGACUAGAGAAUGUAAUCAUCUGAACACUGUUAAAAUUAUCUGGGGGCCUCCAGGGACGGGGAAAACUAAGACAGUCGGUUUUCUAUUGCAUUCCUUUCUAAAGAUGAGAUGUAGAACAUGUACAUGUGCUCCAACAAACACUGCAGUGUUAGAGGUGGCGAAGCGGCUCGUGAGAGGAGUUGCAGAGUCAUCAAAGUAUAAUGGAUACGGGUUUGGAGAUGUAGUUUUGUUUGGAAACAAGAAGCGAAUGAAGAUUGAGGAUCAUAAAGAACUUUAUGAUGUCUUUCUUGAUCAUCGUGUUGACAUACUUUAUCUGUGUUAUGCUAAAGAAUCUGGAUGGAACAGCAACUUAAUUUCCAUGAUUUCUUUGCUGGAGGACCCUGAAGAACAAUAUAAUCUAUACUUGAAAGAAUGGGAAGCAAAACAAUCCGUGAAUGAUGAGAAUGCAGAGAAGAAUCAUCUGUGCCUAAAGAAAAUAGUUGCAGAUAAGAGAAGCAACGAAGUAUGGCAGCAGGUUAUAGUUUCAACAUUAAAAGAGAACAGUAAGAGCAAGGAGAAAUCAAAAGGUAAGCAGAAAGAAAAGCAAUUGAGUCAAAAAGAAGCUGUUAGUCCUUUGACUUUUGAGGAUUUUGUAAAGAAAAAGUUCAUUUGCUUUGGGGAGAGGCUGUACUUUUGUGUUGAGAAUUUGUAUAAACACUUGCCAACCUCUCUAAUUUCACUUCAAGUAGUGGAGAAGAUGUUUGAAGCGUACUACUCUCUCAAAUCUUUUCAAAAGUUGGUGCAAGGUGUUUCGAGUGAUGUAUUAAAGAAUAUCAACAAGCUUUCAAUAAAUGAAGAUCACAGCUUUGUCAAGUUCGAUGUUGCAAGAAGAAAGAACCUUCAUACACUACAAUCACUUCCUGAAAAAUUUCCAUCAAAUCCUACAAAGGGCUUUUCUAUGGCCAGUAAGGUGUCGAUCAAAGAAUUCUGCUUGGAAAAUUCAUGCAUGGUGUUCUGUACUGUUUCUAGUUCUGCUAGAUUGGCCAAAGCAGAAAUAUUGGUCAUUGAUGAAGCUGCUCAGCUAAAAGAAUGUGAGUCGGCCAUUCCUUUACAACUUCGUGGUUUGCGCCAUGCUAUACUCAUUGGAGAUGAAAGGCAACUCCCUGCAAUGGUCAGAAGUGAGAUUUCAGCAGAAGCCAAUUUUGGAAGAAGUUUGUUUGAGAGGUUGACUUUUCUUGGCCAUAAGAAAUACCUUCUCAAUGUCCAGCAUAGGAUGCAUCCCUCAAUAAGCUUAUUUCCAAAUAGGGAGUUCUACAAUAAUCAGAUUUUGGAUGGUCAGAAUGUUAAACUUGGGAACUACAGCAGAAGUUUCCUUCCAGGAGAAAUGUAUGGCACUUACUCCUUCAUUAAUGUGCCACACGGAAGAGAAGGAUUUGAUCACAAGCACAGUAGAAGGAACAUGGUUGAGGUUGCUGUGGUCUCUGAUAUAGUUGCAAGCAUUUAUAAAGAAUUUAGGCUCACAAAGCAGAAGGUUAGAGUUGGAGUGAUAUCACCAUACAAGGCACAAGUACAUGUAAUGAGUGAGAAAAUUGGAAAAAAAUAUAGUUCAGAUGCUGAAAGUGGUUUUUCUUUAAGCAUUCGUUCCGUUGAUGGAUUCCAAGGUGGAGAAGAAGACAUAAUAAUAAUCUCUACAGUUAGAUGCAAUGUGAAUGGAUCUGUUGGUUUUCUCUCCAACCGUCAGAGAGAAAAUGUGGCUCUAACUCGUGCAAGGUAUUGCCUUUGGAUAGUGGGGAGUGGAACAACUUUGGUCAACAGUGGCUCUGUUUGGAAGAAACUAGUGAUUGAUGCUAAGGAGCGCAACUGUUUUUACAAUGCUGAAGAGGACAAAAGCUUGACAAAUGCUGUUAUAACUGCCUUGCUUGAGCUUAAUCAACUUGAUGUUUUAGCUAAUGCUGAUUCACUUGUGUUCAGAAACGCAAAAUGGAAGGUUUGCUUCACUAAUUCCUUCUGGAGAUCAAUGAGAAGAGUUAGAAACGACGAGUUGUUUAAGAAAGUACUAAGUCUGUUGGAGAAGCUUUCGAGUGGUUGGCGUCAACCACGAGCAGCGAAAAACCAUGUUGUCCGCGGUGAAAGUUCCUCCCUAUUUGUUGAGCAUUAUUACAAGGUUAACAAGAAAUUUUCCUUAGUCUGGGCUGUAGACUUUGUCAGGGAAAGGUCUUAUUACACUCAGGUUUUGAAGGUCUGGGAUGUUUUGCCGUUACUAUACUUACCAAAGCUAUCAAAGAAGCUUGACAUUUUCUAUAGAGACUACACAGUGGAUAAGCUGACUCGUUGCAAGCACAUAUCCAAUCAAGGGAAUUUGGUGGUUCCAAUGAGAUGGCCAGUGGAUCCAAGCUCCUGUGAAGCAAAUUCUGUGCAGUACUUGUCGAAUUCGCUGGGUUCACUGAGUCUAAGGGAUGAGGCAGAAGCAUCAAGAACUAAUAGAUUCAGAAGUCAUCCGAAUCCCAGAAGAUUUGCAAGGAAAGAUUGUCUUUCUUGGUGAAGAGUUUAACAUUAAAUUAUCCAUCUCUCCACUCCAUUGAUGAGGUAAACAGUAAUGGAUUCUGAAUUACUUUUCUGACUAAGACAUUAUAUAGUUUUUUAAUACUUGAAGUUGGAGAACAAUAUGCAGAUAUGGUGGGAGAUUAUGUUAUAAUAAUGGGUCACUUUUUUGAACAUUUAAAAUAAAAUUAAAAAAAUUGAAAUCAUGUGAGUAGAGUGUAUGUACUUGCACUCCCAAUGGAUGAUCUACUCGAUCAUUAAAAAUACAUCACCAAAAUUUUACUUUUUAUAUUUUACAUCAAACAUUUACAUUAUAUUA